AUGGUGUUUCGUGCCUGGACUCGGCUUAACCGAGUGAGGUGGUCGUUGUUCCUUGUGGCUGGCUCCGCGUCGCUGGUGGGUUACAGUCGUUGCGAGAAGUGCUUAGGUCGUCUACGGAUCAUGGGUUGUUUCCUCGGCGUCUGGGACUGCUACUGGUCGGCCGAAUCGGGCAGGCGUCAGUGUCCUCCGUCCUCGAGGUCUGGUGGUUACCCCGUCGGCGUCGUCGUGUCAGCUGCGUAUCGAGUAGAAGUCGUUGGGUUCGGUCUCGAUCGUGAGGUGGACUCGUCGAGGAUCAAUUACGCCGAUUCAGGUUCGUGA